AUGGCUACUAUAGCAAAUAUGUGCCGUGACUUUUGUCAUAAACAUGACAUCUCAGCCACUUCACCACCGGAUUUAAUUUGUGUCACACGAGGCCCGGGGAUGGCAGGGUCACUAAGCAGCUCCACGGAGUUUGCCAAAGGGUUGAGCGUUGCAUGGAAUGUACCCUUGGUUGGAGUGCACCACAUGUUGGGCCAUCUAUUAACGUCUUUUCUUCCACAACAGCUGCAACAAUCUCAAUUACCACCACCGCGGUUUCCAUUCUUGAGUCUAUUAUGUAGUGGAGGCCACACAAUGCUUGUGUUGCUGAAAUCAAUUUCCGAGCACGAAAUAAUCAUAAAUGUGAGUGACAUAGCAGUCGGUGACUCGUUGGAUAAAUGUGCUCGAGAAUUGGGGAUGUAUGGCAACAUGUUAGGCAGAGAGUUGGAAUCGUUCAUAAAAAAUAUACCACAACUGGAAAAGGAGGAAUUUGAAGCCAUGAAUGUCGACACGAGGAUCGGUAACAAGUACAAGUUUAGACUAACGUUGCCUUAUCAAACGCCCAAGAACGGCAAAUUCAAUCAAGACGGCAUACAGUUUGCAUUUGCACAGUUUUUGAGUAACAUCCAAGAGUAUAAAAAGAAAUUCUACGUUUCAGACGCAUCCAAUUCUGGCGAGUUUGACGCAAAGACCAAAAGAAUGAUUGCGUACAAGACACAGGAGUUUGUAUUUGAUCAUAUUAUCGAUCGGAUAAAUUUGUCAUUGAAAAUGCAUGGGGUACGAAGGCAAGCAGAUGGCAAGUUUGUGGGUGUGCAGGAUUUCGUAUGUUCUGGAGGAGUAGCUGCAAACACGCGACUUCGUGAAAAGUUGUUCAACAAUUUGAACUAUGAAGAACUUGGUCAGCUGCCGUUGAGAUUUCAUUUCCCUGAUUUGUCGCUAUGUACUGACAAUGCCAUCAUGAUUGGACUAGCUGGGAUGGAAAUAUUUGAAAAGUUGAAAUUAAAGACCGAUUUAAGCUUUACACCAUUGAGGAAAUGGCCGUUGAAUGAGUUGACGUCUGUCGAUUCUUGGGUUGGAGUAAGUGACGAUGAAAUUGAUGGAGUUUGCAAAUAUUAA